UUGAGCGGGCACGUCAAAUAUUCUUCAAAUCAGUCUUCUUUUCUGCGUUUUCUCCAAUGUUCUUCAUUACUUUUGUGUCGACUCCAAAUCAACAGAAACAACGAUGGAAGGUAUUAUUUGUAUUGGUGGUUCUCUUGGCUAGUGGAAUUCGGUGCUCGGGCGAAGAAAAUCCGGCAGGACAGGUAAUCGAGAAUCCGGAAAAUCCAACAGAACCUCCCACAGAGCUGCCUACCGUUCCAGGAGAUAAUGAAAUAACGACUUCAGAAUUGACAACUACAAAUAGUACUGUGGAGAAGAGCACCGAUAAGGAAGAGACUACAAAAGCUGAUGAGGAGACCACUACCACAACAACUGUUGGAUCGGUCUCUAAUGAAACAACGUCGUAUAACGAAGAAACAACGACUACAACAGCCGGGCCAACAGUAGUGGUGGGAGGAACGAAGAAGAGCAAUAAUACAUCGAUAAUCCUCAUUGUAAUAGCUAUAUGUGCCGUCUUGGUCAUUCUUGCUGCAGGAUUUCUGUUGUAUAGAAUUCACCAUGUCCACACAAAGAUGGAAUCCAGUGAUAUAAUGGCGGCUUCGGUGCGCGACAAAAAGAAAAGCAAGGAAAAGAAUAAAGGCCCCCAAAAAGAUGCAAAACACAAAGGAAGUCAGGAGUCGGGGAAAACAAAGCCUUCUGGCUAUGAACGUGUUAAAUAG